CAGUGUGAAGGAGCUACGCAAAGGGGACCGGAUUCCAUGCCAACAACAACAACAGCAGCAAUGGCAGAAGCAGAGAUGCGUCAGAGGCUACUGUGCACCGUCAAGAAGGAGGUGAAGCAGAUCAUGGAGGAGGCUGUCACCAGGAAGUUUGUACAUGAAGACAGCAGCCACAUUGUCUCGUUUUGUGCUGCGGUGGAGGCUUGCGUUCUACAUGGGCUUAAGCGGCGAGCGGCGGGAUUCCUGCGUAGCAAUAAAAUAGCAGCGCUCUUCAUGAAGGUGGGGAAGAGCUUCACCCCGGCAGAGGAGCUGUGCAGGAAGGCUCAGGAGCUGGAACAGAUCAUCGAGCGCAAACGGAACCAAAGCAUGCCCAACCAGGACAGCGUACGGAGACUGCCCAGGCUGUCGAGCAUCAGCCCGCAGGUGGUCAGAAACCUGUGGAUCCGCACGGCCCUCAUCGAGAAGGUGCUAGACAAGAUCGUGCUCUACCUCGUGGAGAACAGCAGUAAAUUCUACGAAAAAGAGGCCAUUCUGAUGGAUCCGGUGGACGGACCCAUUCUGGCCUCUUUGUUAGUGGGGCCCUGUGCCUUGGAGUACACGAAGAUGAAAACGGCGGACCACUUCUGGACAGACCCCUCAGCAGACGAGCUGGUCCAGAGACACCGCAUCCACAGUGGUCACUGCAGACAGGACUCCCCCACCAAGAGGCCUGCCCUUUGUAUCCAGAAGAGGCAUUCCAGUAGCAGCAUUGAUGAGCGGCCUUCCCCCUCGCCCUCAGCCCGGGACUAUGUGGAGUCACUGCACCAGAACAACAGAGCCACCCUGCUGUUUGGAAAGAACAACGUCCUGGUGCAGCCGAGGGAUGACAUGGAGGCUAUCCCAGGAUACCUUUCUCUCCACCAGACCGCCGACAUCAUGACGCUGAAGUGGACGCCCAAUCAGCUGAUGAACGGCUCUGUGGGAGACCUGGACUAUGAGCACAGUGUGUACUGGGAUUACGCUAUGACCAUCCGUCUGGAGGAAAUUGUUUAUUUGCACUGUCAUCAGCAGGUGGACAGCGGGGGCACGGUGGUGCUGGUGAGCCAGGACGGCAUCCAGAGACCCCCACUGCGCUUCCCUAGAGGGGGGCAUCUGCUCCAGUUCCUCUCCUGCCUGGAGAAUGGCCUCUUGCCCCAUGGCCAGCUGGAUCCUCCUCUCUGGUCCCAGAGAGGAAAGGGGAAGGUGUUCCCUAAACUGAGAAACAAGUGUUCACAGGGCUCCUCGGACUCAGUGUCCGAUAAGGAGGAGGAUGAGGCCACAGACUAUGUCUUCCGCAUCCUGUUCCCCAACAGCCAAUCAGAGUUUGUGGCUCCAGAGCUGAUGGACCAGGGGGCCAACAUAUGGAAGUCCUCCUACUCAUCCUGUACCCAGGGCAGCUUCUCAGAUGGAGGACCCCCCAACGGUUGCAACCAUGAAAGAGCCCCUUUGAAGCUGCUGUGUGACCAAAUGAAGUAUCAGAUAAUCUCCCGGGCGUUCUACGGCUGGCUAGCUUAUUGUCGUCAACUGUCCACUGUACGUACACACCUCUCGGCCCUGGUCAACCACACCAUCGUGGCGCCCGAUGUGCCCUGCGAUGCCUUCACGGGCCUCACCGCUGAGGUGUGGCAGAGGUUCCUUCAGGACUGCACUGCCUAUAACGAGCAGGAGCUGCUGCGCCUGGUGUACUUCGGCGGUGUUGAUCCUUCGCUGCGUAAGGAGGUGUGGCCCUUCCUCCUGGGCCACUACCAGUUUGGCAUGUCUGAGUCUGACAGGAAAGAGGUGGAUGAGCAGGUGCGGGCGUACUACGAGCAGACCAUGAGCGAGUGGCUGGGCUGCGAGGCCAUCGUGCGGCAGCGGGAGAAGGAGCAGCAUGCAGCGGCGCUGGCCAAGUGCUUGUCUGUCUCGGCCAGCGUGGAUAAUCCAAACCCUGUCCAGAGGCGGAUGCACCAUGACUCCAGCAUCAGCAAUGAGUCCUCCCGGAGCUGCAGCUCAGACAGACAGAGCCUGGCUCGCCUGCAGAGUGACUCCAGCAGCAGCACCCAGGUGUUUGAGUCUGUGGAGGAGGUGGAUCAGAUCGAGACCGAGCCCAAGAGCAAAGAGGCCAAACAGGUGCCCAAGAUCCCCAAUGGAGGAGCCCUGCCCAACGGGACCAGCUCCCCAGACUCGGGGCACCCCUCCUCUCGCAACUUCUCAGUCACCUCGGGCCUGUCAGACCGCUCUCUGAGCACAGAGGACAGCACUGCACCUGACACCACCCCUAAAAACAUCACCAGCACUCCUCCACAGUUGGCCCCAGCCCCACAGAGCCCAGUCAAAGCCCAUGAGGAAGAGUUGGAGGCAGACAGCCCAAAAGCCCAACCCCCGGCCCUGCAGGAGGAGAAGGACCUCCAGGCCAAGGACCCAUCAGAGAAGGAGGAAAAAGAGAGUGCGACCGAAGUGACCCAGAAGAUUGAGGGCAACGAAAAAGAAGUGCCAGAUAUAGAAAUAGACAAAAAUAUAGUGACAGUAGAGCCAGUGGAAACAGAAAUGCCAGAAGUAGAAAUUGACAAAAAGACAGAGAAGACAGAGGUGCCAGAGAUUGAAAUGGACAAAAAAACUGAGACAAGGGAGGACAAGGCAGCAGACCUAGGUGCGUUAGAGAGCCAGAAAAUAGAGGCAGAAAAUACUUCCGUGACUGAACCUGCCGAGACAGAAGAGGUAAGGAUCAAUGAAAAGGGGGACAUUGAGUUACCGAAAGCAGAAGUGGAUGCUGUAGAAGAAAGGGUGGAGUCCAAAACAGAUGAGUUCAAAACAACGGAGGCUAAAGUGCCUGAGACCGAAGUGGUGAAAAUGUUGGAUGGAGAGCCAACCAUGCUAGCAGACACAGAGGAGUUGCAGUCACUGGUACCAGAGACAUUGAAAACUCGAGAGUCAAGAGAAACCGAAGACGAAGGAUCAGAACCAGAGUCUGUAGAUCCAGAAAAGAAUGAAACAUCCCAAACAAACCAUAGAGAGCCAAAAGAGGAGAAGGCAUUGACAUCAACGAUGACUGCAGAAGCAAUGGAGGACAAGACAUCAGAACUCGAGGAUGAGCGAACUUCAGAGGCUGGAGAAACAAAGAGUGCUGAAACAUCAGAAGUGAAGGAAGCCGAAGGAAAGACUAUGGAAAAGACAGAAACUCAGAAAGAAGUAGAAGCCAAUGAGACUUUAAAAUUUGAAGAGGUAACCGAAAAUGUGGAGGACAUUAUAAAAUCUAAGGAAGUGGGAAAAAGCGAGGAGGAGGAGACCAAGCGGCCAGAGACGGAGAGGAAUAUAAGCCCCGAGGCAGACGCAAGGGUGGCAAGGGCAAUGGAAGCAUUUGGUAGCACCACCCAGAGUGAGGAGGCUCUGGCCACCACAGAAUCUGAGGAGUCUCCUUCAGCCAUUGAGAUGGCAAAAGUCUCCAUUGCCCCACUGUGGGACAGGAUGGGUCCGUGCGCUAGUUCCGGGGUCGGGGCUGCUCUCUCUGAGGGCUCAGUCCCCCAUCUGGAGCUCCAACUGGAGGAGGAGGAGCAGUGCAAAACCAGCCCAGAGGGCACAGAGUCCAACUUGUCUGAGGAGCCUGAGAUGGAGAGCAUCUACCCACAAAUUGACUCACUGACCGUGGGCAGACAGCUGAAAAACGAGGACAUCUCUCCAGUGUCAUCCAUCGGAACCACCUAUUCUCAAGAGCUUUUGGACAUGUACACGAUGAACCUGCACCGCAUUGAGAAGGAUGUCCAGCGAUGUGACAGAAACUACUGGUACUUUACCCCUGCCAACCUGGAGAAACUGCGCAACAUCAUGUGCAGCUAUAUCUGGCAGCACCUGGAGAUUGGCUAUGUGCAGGGCAUGUGUGACCUGCUGGCUCCCCUCCUUGUCAUUCUGGAUGAUGAGGCCAUGGCCUUCAGCUGUUUCACUGAGCUCAUGAAGCGGAUGAAUCAGAACUUCCCCCAUGGCGGUGGCAUGGACACUCAAUUUGCCAACAUGCGCUCUCUCAUCCAGAUCCUGGAUUCGGAGCUCUUUGAGCUCAUGCACCAAAAUGGCGACUACACCCACUUCUACUUCUGCUACCGAUGGUUCCUUCUAGACUUAAAGCGUGAGCUGGUGUAUGACGAUGUGUUUGCGGUGUGGGAGACCAUCUGGGCAGCGAAGUACGCCUCCUCUGGCCACUUUGUCCUCUUCAUCGCUCUGGCACUGGUGGAGGUCUACCGGGACAUCAUUCUGGAGAACAACAUGGACUUCACCGACAUCAUUAAGUUUUUCAACGAAAUGGCUGAGCAUCACAACAGCAAGCAGAUCCUGACACUGGCCCGGGAACUGGUGUGCAAGGUGCAGACUCUCAUUGAGAACAAGUGAUCUCCAGGAGUCAUCCACUUCUCUUCCUCUUCCCCAACAGUCUUUCUCAAACAUAGAGAUAGAUAGAGGACUCAUAUUUGUAUCUGUUCCA